GUUCCGUAUUCCUUUCGAUCGAGGCCCCGCAUCACACACCACUCCACUCCCCCACCUCCGGCGAUGGCCGGCCGCGUCCCGGGCGCCGCCGCGUCCUCGCCCCUCCCCCGCGCGCUCCUCCUGCUCGCCGCGCUCGCGCUCUUCACCCUAUCCUUCCUCUCCCUCCGCUCCCUCCGCCCCGCUGCGGGGCCCUCGUUCCCCACCGCCGGGGUCUCCUUCUCGCUCGGCGCCGCCGACAAGCCCCGCCCCGUCCUCCCGCUCCAACCCUCCUCGUCGGUGUACCACUCGCCCGAGGCGUUCGCGGCGGGGUACGCGGAGAUGGAGCGGAGCUUCAAGGUGUACAUCUACCCGGACGGCGACCCCAAGACGUUCUACCAGACGCCGCGGAAGCUCACGGGCAAGUACGCCAGCGAGGGCUACUUCUUCCAGAACAUCCGCGAGAGCCGGUUCCGCACCGACGACCCCGACAAGGCGCACCUCUUCUUCGUGCCCAUCUCGCCGCACAAGAUGCGCGGCAAGGGAACUUCAUAUGAGAAUAUGACAGUGAUAGUUAAGGACUAUGUAGAAGGAUUGAUAAACAAGUAUCCAUACUGGAACAGAACACUAGGUGCAGACCACUUCUUUGUCACCUGCCAUGAUGUUGGUGUGAGAGCAUUUGAAGGACUUCCAUUCAUGGUGAAAAACUCUAUUAGAGUUGUAUGUUCGCCGAGCUAUAAUGUUGACUUUAUACCUCACAAGGAUAUUGCUCUUCCUCAAGUCCUACAGCCAUUUGCUCUGCCUGAAGGAGGAAAUGAUAUUGAGAACAGAACAAUUCUUGGAUUUUGGGCUGGCCAUCGCAAUUCCAAAAUAAGAGUUAUUUUGGCACGAGUCUGGGAGAAUGACACAGAGCUUGCUAUCAGUAACAAUCGGAUUAGUAGAGCUAUUGGAGAGCUAGUUUAUCAGAAGCAGUUUUACCGUACGAAGUUCUGUAUCUGUCCUGGUGGCUCUCAAGUUAACAGCGCUCGUAUAUCCGACUCAAUACACUAUGGUUGUGUUCCUGUUAUUUUGUCAGACUAUUAUGAUUUGCCUUUCAAUGAUGCCCUUGACUGGAGAAAGUUUGCGGUUGUACUUAGGGAGAGAGACGUGUAUCAACUAAAGAGUAUUCUGAAAUCUAUAUCGCAAGAGGAGUUUGUUUCAUUACACAAAUCUCUGGUCCAGGUGCAGAAACACUUUGUGUGGCAUUCACCUCCUGUUCCAUAUGAUGCAUUCCACAUGGUUAUGUACGAACUGUGGCUGCGGCAUAAUGUGAUCAAGUACUGAAGCCAACUCUAGUGAGUUUUGAUUGCUAACAUAAACGACUGAUCCAUCAGAAAUAUACUGCCAAGUCUGACAGCCUGCUGGUGCUACCUUGAAUGGGGCCAUUUGUUCCUUUGCUUCUAGAAUCUCCAGCUGGAUGGAUCAUUGAAUAUAUGGGUAGAUAGUUAGCUACGCAUAUCGCAACGGAGAGCGUCUGCAUGAAAAUAGGUCAUCGUUGAGCAUAUAUCAUACAACUGGACACCCAGUUAAUAGAUGGAUGAGUUAAUUCUUUCAACAAUAGUUGGGUUUUCCACAUAUUGCAAUCCUUUCCUCUAGAUAUUUCUGUAUUUCAUAGAUCUGAUCUGCCUGGUCGAUUGCUUGUUGUUUCUCAUGCAAUUUUUGUGUUCAGUCUUGUAAGUAAUGUACAAUAUUAUUGACGAAAAACGAAUUAAUUUUAUCUGACAGAACAGAUUGCUAUGAGCUGUGACUGAAAAACAGUUGGUUCUUUGGUC